UCUUGUAGAGUCAUUAGAUUAGUGAAAAAAUGGGUGCGGGGUAUAAAAUAAUUGUGGAAGAUAUUAUUACCGAAAGUGCUAAGGACGAAAUCUCAACAUGGACGUUUUCGGAAACCACAACUGGACUGUUCAUGGUAUUAGGCAUCUACUUACUAAUUGUUGUAAAACUACUACCAGCCUACAUGGAAAGAAGACAGCCGUACAAACUGACUAAUGUGCUGAUAGUCUACAAUGGAUUCCAAGUCGCCUACUCCGUGUACCUGGUCUUUAUCUAUGCAAGAUAUUUGUUCAACUUCGGAAUAAUAACUACGAGAUGCCCUAAAGGAGAAGCUUUACAAGAGGUGAUCACAGAGAUCUACCCAUACUUCAUAGCGAAACACCUAGACUUACUCGACACGGUAUUCUUCGUUCUCCGCAAGAAAGACAAUCAGAUCUCCUUCCUCCAUCUAUACCAUCACUCCGCCAUGGUGUCUUGGACGUGGCUCCAUCUGCUACACCAUCCCACAGACCACUUCGUCUGUGUUGGGCUACUGAACAGCUUUGUGCAUGUACUGAUGUACGCGUACUAUGGACUUGCUGCUCUGGGGCCGGAGUACGCUAAGUUUGUGUGGUGGAAGAAGCACCUCACUAAGGUUCAGCUGGUGCAGUUCAUCCUAGUCGUCUCCCACCUGUACUACCAACAGAAGCUGACCCCGUGCCCGAUCCCGGCUUUCUUUCACUACUUCUGCAUGACCAGCAUCAUCACCUUUUUCUUCCUCUUCAUGAACUUUUACUGCAGAAGCUACAGAAGUAGAAGAACCAAGAAGAACAUCUGCGAACAAAAAGACGAUGUGACUGUGAAAUCUGAGUAACGUUUCAAGAUAAUCCCUAUUUGGAAACAAACCUUAACAUUCUUUACAUUCUGUAUUAAGAUCUUGCAAAAUUAUGUUUACUUGAAGCUAAAUAUGUUUAAUUUCAUGUUACUCUUUUUCCAUAGUGUUCAUAUCAAUAAAGUAAGUACGAAACUUU